AAUCAUUGCGAAUUUUGAACUAAAACACAAAUAGCCAGUUUCACUCAAUUUUGAAUACUUACUAUUUCAAAAUCAUUGCCAUCCACAUACACUAAAUCCUAAUAUAAAUUUCCCAAAAGAAUUUCAAAUCAGCUUUCAUUUCGAUUUCGAUGGCGGGAUGGGAUUCAAACCGUUUAAUGGAUCCAAAAACCGGAUUUUGUCGCCAAACCGGAAAUUACAGUUGCCUUAGACCGCCCAUCCCUGUGCAGCCAAUCAAUCAACCGCUUUCCGCCGCCGAAUUUUGUUUCUCCAUUUUCAACAGUACUUUCACCGACGGUGCCACCACUUUCUCCGUCAACACAACCACCGGCGAAACGCUAUCUUACUCUCAAUUCGUUUCUCAAGUCCGUUCCCUUGCUUACUCUCUGCAACAACGUUACUCUCUUUGCCAGAACGACGUCGCUUUCAUUCUCUCACCGCCUUCGAUUCAUAUCCCCGUGGUUUACUUCGCUUUGUUGUCGUUAGGAAUCGUCGUUUCUCCUGCAAAUCCACUCAGUUCCAACACGGAAAUCGCUCACCAGAUCCAACUCAGUAAACCAGUUGUUGCCUUCGUUACUUCAGAAACCUCUCAUAAAAUUCCUUCUCUUACACACGGAACUAUUCUCCUCGACUCUCCCGAGUUUCUCUCCUUGUUAACUCAAUCCAAUAUCGUUAACGGCCUCACUAAAAGUGUAAAGGUUAACCAGUCCGACACUGCUGCGAUCUUGUAUUCUUCAGGAACCACCGGCCGAGUCAAAGGCGUGAUGAUAACUCACCCAAACCUAAUCGCGAUGAUAACUCACCCAAACCUAAUCGCAAUGAUGACGGAAGAACUGCACCCAUUGUCACUUUUCACUGUGCCUUUAUUUCACGUGUUUGGGUUCUUUAUGUUAUUGAGGGCAUUUUUAAUGGAUGAAACAGUGGUUUUCAGGGAUAGAUUUGAAUUUGAAGGAAUUUUGAGAGCCAUUAAGAAGUAUAAAAUAACUUAUAUGCCAGUUUCUCCGCCACUUGUCGUGGCAUUUACUAAAUCAAAAUUGACUAAGAAGUAUGACCUCAACUUGAUUAUGUUUCUAAGGUCUGGUGGUGCUCCACUUGGCAAGGAGGUUACUGAGCGGUUCAAAGAGAAAUUCUCCACCGUAGAACUUAUUCAAGGGUAUAAUGACCGAGACCAUGGUGGAGCAACCAAGGUAAUAGGGCCUGAGGAGGCAGGUCGGUACGGUUCAGUUGGCCGCAUUGCUGAAAACAUGGAAGGUAAGAUAGUUGAUCCUGAAACUGGUGAAAAGUUGCCUCCUAGGUGGAGAGGAGAACUAUGGUUGAGAGGCCCAACAGUCAUGAAAGGUUAUAUAGGUGAUGAGAAGGCAACAGCAGAAAUCUUGGACUCAGAAGGGUGGCUAAAAACUGGUGACAUAUGUUAUUUUGAUUCUGAAGGAUUUCUCUAUGUUGUUGAUAGGUUGAAGGAAUUGAUCAAAUACAAAGCUUACCAGGUCCCUCCAGCUGAAUUGGAACAUUUACUUCAUUCCCAUCCAGAAAUCGUUGAUGCUGCGUUGGUUCCGUACCCGGAUGAAGAAGCAGGGCAGAUUCCCAUGGCAUAUGUAGUCAAGAACCCUGGAAGUAACAUUACAGAGGCAAAAAUCAUGGAUUUCAUUGCAGAACAGGUUGCACCGUACAAGAAAAUCCGACGAGUUGCUUUUAUAACUUCAAUAACAAGAACUCCGGCAGGGAAGAUAUUAAGGAGGAAACUCAUUAAUCACUCUCUAUCUCAUGGUUUAUCUAAACUAUAGCGGCGAAUAUUGACAAUCGACUUUGAAGCCUACUUAAUUAUGCAACAACUAGAAUUAUUUAAAUCCCAUAUAAAGGCUAAGAAAA